AUGGGUGUGCCGAUGGCUAAAGACGAACCUCCUCCAGUCUCCUCCUGCGAUCACUGCUUCGCCGCCAAGCCUGAUCACUCGGCUCCCGCGAUAUCCACCGCGGAUCCCUACGACCCCAACUUCCUCCCCUACUGGGCCCGCUAUAGCGCGCAGUACGCCCAGAACCUGCUCGACUGCUCCGACGAACCGAUCGAGUACGACCCCGAAGACGCAGACUACCACGACAACGCGUUUUUCUUCCCGGAGGAUUGCUCGUGGACCCCGCCCAAGGACUGGGUCGUGGAGGCGCACCGGACACAAGUCCCCCAACGGCGCGCGGUCGAACAACCCAUCUCCUUGUCGGCGGGACCGGAUACAAACACAACCGACGCCAUGAUUCCCGGACUCCCGGACAUCAAGAUGCUGGACUCGGAGGCGCUGGGUGACCUCCUGGACGAUAACCUGUCUCCGCCGGAGAUCACGACCAUCCUGUACGUCGCGCGGGAAUUGUCUUGUCCCCGCUACUCACUCUCUGACUCUUUGAUGCUAAUUUCCCUCCUCAGCGUCUUCGCAACCAAUGGCGCCGUCUUCGCCUACGCCUCUUCCCUCUCCUCCCGCCAGCUGCGCAACCUGAGCGCAACCUACGGCGCCGCCUACACCUGCUACGCAAAGACCGCCUCAACGGGCAACCUCACAGGCGUCAACCCGGCCAGCCACCCAUCCUCCUACGUAACGGCACAAUCAAUGUCGCUCGGCGACGUGGGAUCGAUCGUUUUCGAACUCGACGACUCCGUCGCAGUGGUCACCCGCCUCGCUGAUAAAGUCCUCCUCGCUGCCGUCGGCCCGUCCAAAGUCGACCCGCCCAGCACAAAUGGAGCGUUCGACUCGAACCGUCUUAGCGUGCCAGACGGCGGAUACCAGUUCACGGACUCGAAUGGCACGCCGGACGGCUCGCACGACGGCCAGCGCACGCCCACUGCAGCUCCAGCGUCUCCGAACGCGACAGCACGCAAUGGAACCGCCACUGACUCGGGGGCUAUCGAAAUAGACCGCAGCGCCGACCUCGAGCGUCUCGCUAGCUUGAACCUCUCAGCAUCCCCUGCCGUUCUAUUGGCGCUGGAGUCUAAAUGCGCUGCGUUGGGCCGGUUCCUGGGUCAAAAGUUGAGUGAUCUAGAGAGUCCGGAUGAUUUCUAA